AUGUAGGAACAUUAGCCACCGUUCUGGCAACGUUGCUAGCCGGUCAGACAUACACCGAAAAACGUUGCUUUGUGAGGUUAUGUCAAUUUUUUCAUGAAAACCGCUAUUUCAACUCGAGGAAGUAAAUAAAUACCUUCAAGGAUGUCUACUGCUAUGCCAAUUAAUCCCAAACCUUACCUGAAUGGUUUAACAGGUAAAGCGGUGAUGGUAAAAUUGAAGUGGGGCCAAGAAUACAAGGGGUACUUGGUUUCUGUGGAUGGCUACAUGAAUAUUCAAUUAGCCAAUACAGAAGAAUAUAUCGACGGAACAUUUACAGGUAAUUUGGGCGAAGUAUUAAUACGAUGUAAUAAUACCUUAUACAUUCGUGGCGCUGAGGAAGAUGACGAAGAGGGUGAAAUGAGGGACUAAUUUAAUUUAUAUUGUAAAGACGGAAAGCACUUUUCUUUUUCUAAUGCAGUGUACAUUUGCAUUUUUGUAUUACUCUUACAUGAAAUAUUUGAUACUAUAAUAUGGAUAAUAGAUGUAUUUGUUUCUA